GAGUACCGUAGUAGGUACACUGAAACCAGAGGUGUAGUCCAGGGUAUACGCUGGUAUACGGCGUAUACCUACUUAUUUUUCAGUCAGCAUUGCGUAUACCCACUUCUAAAUCCCCCCUGAUGCGCAUCAUUCAGUAAUAUCUGUGAGUCAGAUUGCCUAUUUUCUUCCUCGGGGAUAGUGAAGCCAUGACCCACCCUCCUCUGCCUCUAAUUGGCUGGUACUCGCUGCUUUCACUGAUUAGAUUGGUUAACUUUAGGCAUGAGGACUGAUGAGCCAAUCAGAGGCAGAGUAGGGCGGGUCAUGCCGAGGAAAAUAUCGCUAAUACCUCAGGUGCCAGUGAAAAAAAAAAAAAACUCAGGUGCCGGUGCCACUUGACUACGAUAACGGCAGCAGACCAAACAACGGAUGAAGAAAGGACACAAGCGGCGGUGUGCCACCCCAGUUGAUGGAAGACAUCAUUCUGAGGGACAGGUAACCAUGAAAAGGAAGGGAGAUAUUGCAGACUUUUUUGUAAAGAGGCACAAAUCAGGCCCAGAUCAGGCCCAGGCAGACCCCACCCCUAAAACCAGCAGCCCUGGCAGCUCUCAACCGGGAGCUAGCCAGGCAAGUCAGUGUGAGCAUAGAGAAGGAUCCAGUCUACCACCACCAGACAUCAAUAAUGACUGGCCAGACCUGUGGAGUGCUAAACAAACAGAAGACUUCAAAUCCAAGAACCCCUGGUUGGGAUCCAAAAACAAAAAAUUGGGAUGUCUGGUCUGUAGCAGUGUGAACUCCAUUGGGAUCGACAAGGAGCAAGGACAAGGUGUAUCGCUCUCAAGAGAAUGGAUGAACUUUGAAAUUCAAGUGUCUGGCCAGGGAAGUAGAACAACAAGUUUGUCAAUCUUGAGAAAUAAGGUGAGGAAACAUGCGUUGUCCAAGGCCCACACUCAGGCUGUGAAGGUGGCAGAGCAACAGAAAGAAGCUGCCAUUGAGAAUGCAGUGGAGACUAUGACUGAGUCCUACAUGAAGGAAACUGAAGCUGUGUUUCGAACAGCCUACCAUCUGGCCAAAAAGAACCGACCCUUUUCUGACCAUGAGAGCCUCAUUGAGCUGCAGGAACUGAAUGGUGUAAAAAUGGGCUCAAUACUUCAUUCACGUUACAGUGCAACACAAAUAAUACAACAUGUUGCUAGUGAGAUGCAGAGCAAAAUCAUCAGUAGCAUUAUAGCAUCAUCCAGUAAGUUAGCUGUCCUAAUUGACGAGGCAUCUUCUUUAAGUCACAAAGCUGUCAUGACAGUUUCUAUUAAAGCAUCAAUUCAAGAAGAAAGCCCUGAGUUCAUAUUCCUGGAACUUGUUGAACUGGAAAAUCAGAGAGCAGAUGGCAUAUUACAGGCGUUACUCACCUGUUUAACUAAUGCUGGCUUUACAGAAGAGUGGCUUCAUGAAAACUGGGUAACAUUUGUAUCUGAUGGAGCCAGUGUCAUGCUAGGAAAGAAGUCAGGAGUAGCAACCAGACUGACUUUGAGAUUCCCAAAGCUUUUUGUAUGGCACUGCAUGAACCAUAGACUUGAACUUGCUGUGUCAGAUGCAGUUGAUGAGGUAAACUCUGUCAAUCACUUUAAAACUUUUAUCCAGAAGCUAUACUCUCUGUAUAGUGUGUCAAACAAAAAUGAACGUGAACUUGUUAAUGCAGCAGCUGAAGUAGGCUCACAACUUCUUCGCAUUGGCAGAAUCUUGGAUGUACGCUGGGUGGCCAGUAGCUUUGGACUGUUCGUGCUGUUUGGACAUCCCUGGGAGCUCUUGUGCAGCACUUUAAAAAUGCUUGCAGUGAUGAGAUGA